AUGGUCAAAAAUACCUUGGACAGGGGCGAAGUAAAAAAAUCGCACGCAUUGAAGCGGCCGCAACGGCAUUGCGUAGUUUUAUACAAUUCAAAGAUGGUGCUGUCCUGACUCCCUUGAAGCCGGCUUGUAAUUUAGAUUUUACCAGCGAUGAACAUUUGGACAAUGAUUCCAAUAAGAGUCCAUUAAGUGUCGAUGGCCAAAAGAAGGUGCCCGACAAGGGACCCGUUAUGCUGCUCUAUGAGCUGUUCACCGAUGUCCAUUUCGAUUGCUCAACUGUUGACGGGGCUCAAAAUAAUUGCCGUUUCAAAAUGACGGUAACAGUUAAUAAUAGUAAAUUUGAUGGAACUGGACCCUCAAAGAAAUUAGCCAAAAAUGCUGCAGCCAAGGCAGCCUUAGCAUCACUGUGUAACAUUUCCUAUAGUCCCAUGAUGCAUCCCCAAAAGAAUCUCCCGCUACCAUUGGACGAUAAAUCAUCGUCCAUGGAAUUGCCACAAAUACAUGCUGACACCAUUGGCCGCUUAGUUUUGGAAAAGUUUAUGGAAGUUAUCAAAGGACAAGAGUCGUAUUCACGGCGUAAAGUUUUGGCUGGCAUUGUCAUGACGGAAAAUAUGAAUUUUAAUGAAGCUCAAGUCAUUUCAGUUUCGACUGGCACCAAAUGUGUCAGCGGUGAACAUAUGAGCAUUAAUGGCUCCGUUCUUAACGAUUCACAUGCUGAAAUUGUUUCACGACGUUGUUUUAUGAAAUAUUUGUAUGCACAAUUGGAGCUGCAUUUUAAUCCGGCAACAGCAAAUCAGUCAAUUUUCGUGAGGAACCAAGAAAAUGCGCAAUACCCGUACAAAUUGAAAACCGGUGUACAUUUUCAUCUGUACAUAAAUACAGCGCCUUGUGGGGAUGCUCGCAUUUUUAGUCCCCACGAAAAUGACUCGAGUGUUGAUAAACACCCAAAUAGAAAAGCACGUGGUCAAUUGCGUACAAAGAUUGAGUCGGGUGAAGGUACCAUACCCGUUAAGAGCAGUGAUGGCAUACAGACCUGGGAUGGCGUUUUGGAGGGUCAUCGUCUUCUAACCAUGUCAUGUUCCGAUAAAAUUGCCCGUUGGAAUAUUGUCGGUAUACAGGGCUCCUUGCUGUCAUCGAUUAUUGAACCGAUUUAUUUGCAUUCCAUCGUUUUGGGCAGUCUAUUACAUCCCGAACAUAUGUAUCGUGCCGUAUGUGGUCGUAUUGAAAAAUCUAUACAAGGUCUUCCACCACCGUAUCAUUUGAAUAAACCACGAUUGGCACAGCUGACAUCAUCGGAGCCACGUAAUCAGGCAAAGGCACCAAAUUUCGGUAUCAACUGGACAAUUGGUGAUACUGAAGUGGAGGUGGUGAAUUCUCUAACUGGCAAAACGGUCAACAAUCAAAUAUCACGUAUAACCAAACAGAUGUUCUUUAAUAAAUAUGGAAGUUUGGUGAAAAAUCUACCCGGACUACCGGAACGUAAAUUGACCACAGAUUAUGGACAGACAAAGGCCAAAGUUAAAGAUUAUCAGAUUGCCAAACGUGAAUUGUUUGCCGCCUUUCGUCGUGAAGAUCUGGGCAAUUGGUUAAAGAAACCCCAAGAACAAGAUGAAUUUGCGCUUCCGGAAUGACUGCAUAAAAUUGAAAAUUUCAAACAAAUAAUUAACCAAGUUGUUUUCCAAAGUCAGGAUGAUGAUGAAAACGAAG